AUGGCGGCAUCGUCAGCUGCUUCUUAUUUUAAAGUGAAAACAAUCCUCAACAAAACAGAAACAUCGACAAUCCAGGCCAUCAACCUUAACCAAUCGUUGUCGGAGUUUGCAUCUGCUUAUUUAGCGGACAAAGACGUCCAUAUCGAGCGUGCGGCCGGGGAUGAUGCGGACACGGAUUUAAACACGCCGUUCUGGGUCAUCAUUUCCAUUGUAGCCAAAGUUCGGGGCUUUGCCCUAUGUAGAGAGUGUGGCAAGCGCCGAGUUGUGUACAGCGCUAAAAAGCUUUCUACUGAUGAAGAGCGGUCUGUCAUGCGUGCGCAGGAGGAGCUCGUGUAUAUGUGCGGCAAUCCACUAUUCCAUGCUGGAAUAUACCACAAUACGAUAAUUGUCAAGGAGGGAAUUAAUUGCAAUUCGAUGAUGGAGGCUGCUUAUUAUGCAGGGAAGACUGUCCAGUUUGACAAUGUCUGCUUCCACUGUGGAGAUACGGAGGUAGCCGACAAUGAAGGAAUAAAACAAUUAAAGGAAGAAUUUGGCAUUGUGCGGCCCAUAUGUGAAAGUGAAAAUGACAGAUUAUUGUGAAAUUUUUGUUAUUCCAAAUUCAAUGACCUUUGCUGUUUUCCCUAAUCAGAGUACUAAGAUGUUAUUGUAAAUCAGGCCCUGUGUUCACAGAGGAUGAAAAUUCAGGAUCAAGAUCAAAUAUAAUGUAUUUCAA